UGAACACGAUGACAUCUCCAGUGUUUGCUCUCUUUCUUCUAACAUGGUUGCUCUUGAUGAAAAUGGCUCAGACGACUGAUCUGAAAUUCUCAUCAUCUGUUCAUCAAGAGAGAAGAUUUGUGUCCGUUAAAACUGGGGACCGGUUAACUUUGCAGUGUUUCUAUAAAACGAAUGUUCCUGCAAGGCUUUAUUGGCAUAAACAAAGUCUCAGUGAAAUACCAAGGCUCAUCUCUAAUUACUACAAGUAUGAAAAAAAAGUCACUUUUUAUGAUGAAUUCAAGAACAAUCCACGCUUCAAACUGGAUACAGAAAAUGGCAAAAAUCACUUGACGAUCACUGAUUUGAACAUUUCAGACUCUGCUACGUACUACUGCACGAGUUUAUAUGCAUACGAUUUACAAUUUUUAGAGGGCAUUACUGUCAGUGUGAAGGGUUCAGGUUGGAACAUCCCAGCUUCGGUCCGUCAGUCAGCAUCUGAGAUCGUCCAGCCAGGAGGCUCUGUGACUCUGAACUGUACAGUACACACUGGGACCUGUGAUGGAGAACACAGUGUUUACUGGUUCAAACAGUCUCAAGAAUCUCAUCCAGGACUCAUUUACACCCAUGGAGGCAGGAAGGAUCAGUGUGAGAGGAAAGACAACACACAAACACACACCUGUGUCUACAACUUGACAAUGAAGAGCCUGAAUGUUUCUCAUGCUGGGACCUACUACUGUGCUGUUGCCUCAUGCGGACACGUCAUGUUUGGAAACGGGACCAAACUGGACUUUGAGGAUAAGAUGGACAGUCUCGUCUUAGUGUAUUUCUUGAGUGGAGCUUUGACAUUCACCACCAUCGUGGCAGUUUUACUGGCUUUCUCAGUGUACAAGAUGAAGAGAACCAGCUGCCUGUCUACAGAGUCUCAAGCAAGAUGUCCACCUUCCUCCACAGAAAAUGCAGCGGGUUACGAAGAGGCUGAAAACCUCCAUUACGCUGCUUUAAGUGUUAACCAGGCCAAGAGAACAAGAAGACAGAGGAACAACACCAACAGUGAAUGUGUGUACUCCAGUGUGAAGCACUAGAACUGUUUUAUUUGCAUUGCAUGAGUAAGUUGUCAAUCAAGAAUCUCUUGGGGGGCUGUGGAUGUAGAUCCUCUGAUGUCUCUUUGUUGCUUCCUUGUGGUAAGGUUUUGCAGCGUACCUUUGCAUCCUGGUGGUUUCACUGUUACUUUGUUUUCUCAACAAAAACAUGUAUCUUAACUUAACAGACCAGUAAAUUUAGCACAGAUGUUUGUUUUUUUUAAUCAAACACUCCUCUUUGGCUAUGAGCAUCAACACAAAUCAGCGACAUUAUAUGUCUUUCAGCUUUUAUUCUUUUUCAUUUCUAUGUACAUUUUGUGUCAUCAC